AUGUUAUUGAAAGUCUUAUCACAUAUACGUUAUUAUUAUAUCAUAUUUUUUCUGAUCUUUAUUACUUUAACAAGUAUUUAUAUCAGUUUUGAACACUAUUCGUAUGUUAAUCCAAUAAUAAAGUCAAAUAACUACUUUGUUCAACAACAAUCAUCAAUAAUAAAUUCUUCAUCCAUACAACGAGCUAUUCUAGUUUUUUAUCCAUCAAGUCAAGAAAUACAUUAUUUGCCUGAAAUUCGAUGGUUAUACAGAUCAUGGAUUGAAAUGAUUAAAUAUGAAUCAAAUCAAUGGCGAACAGAUUUCAUCAUAUUUACUGAACAAUAUUCAUCAUUAUUUCUACAACUUGGUUGUUUACCUAAUAAAAUACGCACAAAUGAUGAAGAACAACCAAAAUGUCGAGUAUUUAUUUAUCUUCGUUUAUCAGCUCGUCAUAUAAAUUCUUUAACUAAACAACAAACAAUAUUAAAAAAUGAUAGUGAAAAAAAUUUAUUUAAUAUUGCUAUUCCACGUUCAAUUUUAUUGUAUAAUCAUUUUAAAAAGUAUCAAUAUAUUGAUUCUGUAAAUAUUAUUGCAGAAGGUUAUCCAAUAUAUUCAUACUAUGAUUUUAUUCUUAAAACUGAUCUUGAUGUUUUUAUAACAAAAAAAUUUGCUAAUUAUAUACCAAGUACACUGAACACAUUAUUGGUUGGUCAUGGAGGAUAUUCAACAGAAUUUAAUACACGUCGUCUUGGACGUAUUGCUAGAGAUAUGGGUUGGAAAUAUCAAAAUUUGACAAAUAUUGGAUCAACAUGGUAUGGAUCACCAUACGUUGCUCAGCGCAUAGCAAACUUAACAUUAGAUGCUAUGCUUCAUUUAUCUAUCAAUGAGUUUUGUGCUGCUGAACGAGAACAAAAACUUUCAACUUUAUUAUGGCCUGAUUGGCAUUAUGGCGUAUUAAAUCAAUCAACAACAAAUAAGGAUCAAAAUGAUAUAGAAAAAAAUAAUCGUUUACAUCUACAUUGUUGGCAUACAUAUUUACCAUUUUCAAAAUUUCAAUUUAAAGAAAAUAAAUAUAAUCAUAUACCGCCACAUAUACUGAUUAAUGAUAGUUCAUCUCAAAGCUAUGCUAUGCGAAUGGCAUUAGAAUCUCGAUUAAUGACACUCGAGGAACUUGGUCAGCAACUACGUGAUAUUAGUCGGAAUAAAACGAAUUCAAGUGUUUUCAUUACUCAAGCGAAUAUUUUCACGGCAUCUCCUAUACAAUAG